AUGCCCCAGCAGAGCCGUGAGAAGUUGGGGCACAGACCCACUUUUCCAAAAUGCCAAGGGAGAUGGCAGUCCUUGGAGGCGAUGGCUAAGUGCCCACAAGGAGGCUGGACUCUGUCCGCACAAUACCCAGGUUCAGAGACCACAGGGCAGCUGGCGGUGAACACAUCCAGGCCAGCAGGGCAGCCGCGACAGACAGGCUGGGUUAGGGGCCAUUAUCCCCUUCUCCCUGCAAUUUGGGGGCCUAGGGAAGGAAGAAUUUGCACAGAAAUAGCACCUCAUACGGGGAAGGAAAAGAAAGAAGAACAAGUCAUCAGUCUUGGACCUCAAGUAGCUAAAGGAGAAAAUGUGUUUGGUGUCUGCCACAUAUUUGCAUCCUUCAAUGACACUUUUGUCCAUGUCACUGAUCUUUCUGGCAAGGAAACCAUCUGCUGUGUGACUGGUGGGAUGAACAUAAAGGCUGACCAAGAUGAGUCCUCUCCCUACGCUGCCAUGUUGGCUGCCCAAGAUGUAGCCCAGAGGUACAAGGAGCUGAGCAUCACUGCUCUCCACAUCAAACUCUGGGCCACAGGAGGAAAUAGAACCAAGACCCCUGAACCUGGGGCAUCAGCCUUCAGAUCCCUUGCCUGCUCAGGAAUGAAGAUUGGGUGGAUUGAGGAUGUCACACCCAUCCCCUUCAAUAGCACCCGCAGAAAGGGGGGUCACCGUGGUUGCCGUCUGUGA